GUGACGAUAAAACUGUUACAAAAUAAAAUAUAAUAAUUUCACUUAAAAAAUAACCAGAAAAAUAACUAAAACUACUUACUUUUAUUCGCUAAUCGCUUGUAGUGAUAAAUCGUAAUGAUAAGAAGUUGGUGUCAUUACAAAAAAAAUAAUGAGUGGUAAAAAAAUCCAAGUGUAUCUAAUAAAUACGGAAUACAUAAUUGAAGAUAAUCUCGCAGGAAUCUCUCCAGAUAAGAGGAUACAAUAAUCAUCGGGCUGAUAAAUCAGCAAAACGGUACGUUAAAUAUGGGGAAGGGGAGCGACAUACGAAGCGAUUUUACGCAAACCAUUGAGUUCAGUCAGUCCUGCGAUGCUCGACACGUCCGCUGGAAUCACGCGGUUAAACGCGCGCGAAAUUUCGAAUAUCCAAAUGACAACAUGACGGGAUUCAAGUGAUAAAUUGCCGGCAAUUUUUCAAUCGUCCAAACGGUCCAUACGCAAUGGAGGAGACUAAGUUGCCAGUUAGCGUAGGAAUACCACACCAGAAGUUGCUCGUCCACGAUCUCCAGUUUAACUCUGGACGGAGCCCGAAUCGUGUUCGUUCUGAUCGCAAUGACAUAGAACUAGUGCAAUCACCACCACUUAGAAAAUCUCCUCUGGAGACUUCGUUUUUGAAUAACAACAAGGGAAGUUAUGUUAGUGGUCAUCAUAGAUUAAGUGAUCAUUCAGGACAAGUUUUUCUUGCUGCUCUUUUGGAAGCCAUGCGUGAAAAAGAUCAUAAUUUAAAAAUUAACAUUCCCGUGGAGAUGCUUCCGAAUCGAUCCUCACCUUCAUCUGGUUUACGCCAGCAACUCAGUAUUGCUGAUUUUUCUGGAAAUCAACAACUCCUCAAUCAUCAGUUUCCUUCGAGAACUGGAAGCGAUAGUCAAAGUUUAAUAACGAAACCAUAUGAUGCCGUAUCACUCAAAUCCUAUACAUCCAUCGGAAUGGGAUCUACAGAUGGCAAGAAAAUGACGGUUAGAAAAAUUCCAACAUCGCCAGUGGAACUCUUCAAUCUGGUUAAUCCGCCAAUGCCACCGGCUGAAAAUUCCCCGGAUGAUUUUACGGAAUCAACGGAAUCUUUGGACGAUAAAAACCCGAGGAGGCAACAAUGGGCUAAUAAACUCCAAUUUGUUUUGGCUUGUGUAGGAUAUAGUGUUGGAUUGGGUUCGGUUUGGCGGUUUCCUUAUUUAUGUUACAAAAGUGGUGGAGGCGUAUUUCUCAUCCCAUACUUUUUAAUAAUGACAAUUUGCGGAGUUCCAAUGCUUUAUAUGGAACUAGCGGUUGGACAAUUUAUCGGAAGAGGUCCAAUUGCGGCGUUAGGCAGUUUGUGUCCUUUAUUUAAAGGAGCAGGACUCGGCAGUGUCGUCGUUUCAUUUUUAAUGUCAACCUAUUAUUGCGUUAUAAUCGCUUACGGUGUUUAUUAUUUCUUCACAUCGUUCAAACCGAAACAUCCUUGGAUUGAUUGCACGAAUCGUUGGAAUACAGAGGAUUGUUGGAUUCCAGCUAGAUUAAACGAUAAUAAAUCAAGACCAUUUCGAAGUCACACACCGGCGGAAGAAUUUUAUGAUGUUAAAGUUCUUCAAAUUAGUGAUGGCUUGGAAGAUUUUGGAACGUUACGAUGGGAAUUAGUGGCGUGUUUAUUAUGUGCUUGGGUUUUAGUUUAUUUUGGUCUAUGGAAAAGCAUAAAAUCUUCCGCGAAAGUGAGAUAUUUAACGGCAACUUUACCGUUUAUUUUAAUUAUUGUUUUCCUGGCGAAAUCGUUAACUUUGGAAGGAGCCGAAUUGGGAUUGAGAUAUUUUUUCAAACCUAAAUGGAAUCUUCUCAAAGACGCAAAGGUUUGGAUAAAUGCUUUAGCACAAACAUUCAAUUCAAUGGGUAUAGCAUUCGGCUCGAUGAUUUCAUUCGCCAGUUAUAACAAAUUCGAAAACAACAUAAUCCAAGAUACGUUAGCCGUUUCCUUUGUAAACGCAAUAACGAGUCUUUUAGUUGGAAUUUUUGCAUUUGCUACGCUUGGAAAUAUCGCCACGGAACAAAAUACAUCUAUAGAUAAAGUAAUCACCGAUGGUCCUGGUUUAAUUUUUGUUGUAUACCCUCAAGCGUUAGCAAAAAUGCCCGCUUCACAUUUAUGGUCGGUAUUAUUCUUCUUUAUGCUAUUAUGUCUUGCAUUAAACAGCCAAUUUGCCAUCGUUGAAGUCGUCGUAACAUCUAUUCAAGACGGUUUUCCGAAUUGGAUAAAAAAGAAUUUAAUGUGCCACGAAGUUCUCGUUUUAGUAAUAUGCGUGGUUUCAUUCUUUUGUGGGCUACCAAAUGUAACAAACGGUGGAAUUUAUUUCUUUCAAUUGAUCGAUCAUUACGCUGCAUCAAUCUCGAUAAUGUACCUGGCAUUUUUUGAAAUCGUAGCGAUAGCAUGGUUUUAUGGCGUAAAAAGAUUAUCGAGAGAUAUCGAAGAUAUGACAGGACGGCAACCUAGUUUAUAUUUUAAGUUUUGUUGGUACGUUGCCGCGCCUUUAAUGAUAUUUUCGAUUUGGGUCUUUUAUAUGAUUGCAUACGAGCAACCCACGUAUGGAAAUUAUGCUUAUCCUAAAUGGGCGAUAGCGAUCGGUUGGAUUAUCACAUCCUCCUCAAUACUAUGCAUUCCAAUAUUUAUGAUUUACGUCAUAACGAAAGCCGAGGGAGAUACUUGUUGGAAAAAGCUGAAAAAUUCUAUUAAACCAGAUCUGGAAGAGUGUAGAAAUUGCAAAACUUGUAUUAGUGAUCAUCAUGAACCUUGUUAUGAACAAGAACCUAUGAUUGGAUAUCAACCUGGAGUUAAAAAAAAUGGUAUUAUUAUUGCUCCAGUUGGAUAUAGUCCUGUACAAACUAAUACUAGCACCGAAAGUAAUGCUUCACCAUCGUCACCACCUCCUAAUGAACGGACGUAACAAUAAGUGUUUUGUUAUUUUUUUUUGUUUUUGAUUUUAAUCCAGUAAAUUUGUCCAAAUGAACCAAUGGUAGCAAUAAUUAUAAGACAUACUCGACCAGUUUCCUGUGUAACAUUGGACAAUAUAAAUUGACUGGAUUAUUUAGCAAUCUACUCCUUAAAUUAAUUUAUUAUAUAAAUGUUAUACUUUUGGGUCGAAAAAUACGUAUCAACCAGUAGUGAGAUAUGAAAUAUAAAAGAGAAAGUACUGUGUGAUAUUUUGUUAUAUUUAAGUUUGUUUAGUAAGCAAUAAUUUGUUGGUUUUUAUAUUAAAAAAACCUUUAGUGAAUGUUUAUUGUAAAAUAAUGUACAAAUCCAAUGAAAUAUAUUUAUAUUUCCAAUCCAAAUAGAAAACGAUCUAUUUAGAAA